AUGGCCACGGCCUUUACAUACAUCUGUAUAAUAUAUUUCAUUUGUGAAGUGGUUGUGGUGUACACCGAACACAGUGAGCUGACAAAAUUAAUGAGAAACCUUGAAAUUAUACCCGAUGUCCUGGAUGAGGCCCCCAUGUAUUUAUUGAAGGUUACAUAUUCUGGUGGUAUUUCGGCCGAUAGAGGUGUUGAACUGACUCCCACGCAAGUAAAGGAUCAACCAAACGUUGAAUGGGAAGCUGAUAGUGAUGAUACUUACUAUGCAUUGGUAAUGAUCAAUCCUGAUAUCCCAUCUCGUGAAAAUCCAGCCUGGCGAGAAUGGACUCAUUGGCUAGUGGUUAAUAUUCCUGGCAAUCAAAUAGAAAAUGGCGAUGUUUUAAGGGAAUAUGUUGGUUCGGGUGCCCGGAAGGAUACGGGAUUACAUCGUUACAUCAUACUGCUGUUUAAACAACCCGAAAAAUUGGAAUUUGAUGAAAAACGUCACAGCAAUACUGAAUCUGUUGGACGGGAAAACUUCUACACACGGAAAUUUAUGGAAAAAUAUAAUCUGGGUACUGCAUGGGCUGGUAAUGUUUUCGUAGCUCAAUAUGAUGACUAUGUACCGCUUGUAUACAAACAAAUGGGUAUUCCAAUGAAAUGA